AUGGUAAUUGGUCGACCAUCACCCGGAAGAAGGAGGGGGCGUGCAUUCCCGACUACCAGAGGCGUCUUGCUCUCGUUACUGUCGGCCUCUCCCACCGCAAUGGCUGCGUGCAUCUCUCUCAAGGGCUCCAAGACGUGCUCUGCUUUCGAAUCAUCUUCGGUCUCUACCGACAGCUUCUUGAUCGGGCUUUUUCCUUUCCUUAAAUCUGUUUCCGAUACUGCAAGCUUCGACAGCCAGUUGCAGGAUUACGUGCAAACAACUUACGUCCAAGAGAAAUACCAGAACCUCAUUGGGUGUGGGGGCAUCAGUCUCACAAACACCAGCGACCACUACGCGCGCUUUACAACGACUGUAAUAUGUAAUGCUGUUAUCCAGAAUUCUAUCAAGGAUUGCAAUCUUUCCCCCUCAGAUUCUCGGCCAGUCUGCGCGGAGACAUGCGCCCAAUUUGCCGAGAGCGAAGCAUAUGUUGCAUCUGACAAUACUCUUUGUUCCAAUCCGGGCGAUAAUGCGCAGACUCAAAUCAGGGCCGACUUUACCAAUUGUGCCUUGCCCGCAAACUCGUUGUCAAGUAACAAUUGUAUCUCGGGGAUUGCGAACGAACGCGAGAAUUGCGGAUAUGCCAACAGCACACUGGGGCUGUGUUCUUACUGCGCCUCCGGUGGCAUCAACUCAACUGAUACAUGCUGCUACAGCUCCAAUGCCGAGGCUCGAUGUGCAAAUGUUGCGCUCCCCGAUAUCACAGCGACAUUGACUUUCACAACAGGAAUUCCAACCUCUACUCCAUCAUCUACCGGGGUUCCAGCUCCCGCAUUGGGCAGCGAUGGAGAGAGCAAGAAGCUUUCUGGGGGCGCAAUCGCUGGAAUCGUCAUUGGCGCUAUUGCCGGCCUGGCUAUCAUAAUAGCCGUGAUUCUUUGCCUUAUCUUCCGAAGAAGGAGAAGCCAUGGCAGUCAGGACGGAAGCAUUUUCAACCAGCCACAACCCGCUAGGAAAGGGCCGGCAACCGGGCAGGUUGUGGCAGCACCGCUAGCCCCGCAAGGCUACGAAGUCCUGCCCGGGGGAAGAAUAGCACGGAUGUCGGCUUUAGAAGGACACUCGGGCGACGUGCCAUCCCACCACAUAGGCCGAGAUAUGGGCGCCGCCGCUGUUGGCGUCGCUGCUGGCUAUGCGGCAGGUGGCCGGAGACGAGGUGACGAUCAUUCCUCUUCUGAUGGGUUCGGCGAUAGCCCUGAAUCGGAUCGUGGCGCUACGGGGAUACUUCGCCCUCCUCCAACGACGAUGAGAAGGAAUGGAUCCCUUUCUAGUGGUUCGGUUCUGGGCGGCGAAGAUCCACAGUCUCCCACUAGCGCUGGGGGAAUGUCGUCGCCGCCUGGAAUGGCGAGCCAACAGUCGGAGCAGCUUCCAUUUUUCAAGGAUUAUUAUUCUCAGGAUGACAUUCACCCUGGCGACCGGGUUGCCGUCUUGUGGGCCUACCAACCCCGUGCCGCCGACGAGUUCGCGCUCGAUCGGGGCGACAUGCUCAAGGUAGUGGGGAUAUGGGACGACGGCUGGGCAACGGGCAUCUUGGUGGAUGAACGCGCAGAGGAGUGGGAGGCUCGUCGACAGGCUCAACGAGACAGCGGCGUCUCCAACACGUCGGGGCGACUGCGCGACGCAUCUCCGCCAGUGAGCGGGGAGAUCAAGGCUUUCCCGCUCGUUUGCGUUUGCCUCCCGGAGCACUGGAGGAAGACCAUCGAGGGCGACGGCUCCACCGAGACAGGAUCAAGCGCCCACCAACACACCACUACUACUGGAUCUUGA